AUGAAGAUUUGGAUUUAUUCUGAUGAUGGCGUGGCUAAUAUUGAUCUAGUUUAUAGUGGUGUAAUGGAGACCUUGCGAAAUUGUUCAUUACAAAAUGAGUAUCAUGUUGAGUUGAUUAUGGCUGACGAUAUUUUAAAAUUAAAUGAAUCACCUGUCAAGGUUUUAAUUAUUCCAGGAGGUAGAGCAUCGCCGUAUGCCAAGAAGCUAGCUGGUAAAGGUUGCCAUUACAUUAACAGUUAUGUUCAGAAGGGUGGCAGUUAUUUAGGUCUUGGUGCUGGUGCUUAUUUUGCAAGUAGUGCUGUCGAAUUUGAAAAAGGGACAACAUUAGAGAUCUGUCGAAAUAACGAGCUAGAGUUCUUUCCUGGAAUAGCUAGGGGGACAGUUUACCCUGGCUUUCAGUAUAAUAACAAUCGUGGAAGUACUGCUGCAAAUCUUGUCCUAGGCGACCUACUUGCUAAUCAAUUGUCGUCAACAUUUUGUAGGCUAUAUUAUAAUGGUGGUUGUGAAUUUGUACCCAAAUCCCUUUCUGAUUCUGACCUGCCCCAAAUAGAAGUGUUAGCAAAGUACAGGGAGAAAGUAUCUGAUGGCCACAAUCCAUGGGAUGGAGCAGCUAUUAUAAAAUGUAAUGUCGGGAAAGGCAUAGCCGUUUUAUCUGGCGUUCAUCCAGAAUUUCCAUUCAGCCUGUUAGAUAAGUCUAAGUAUGAUCCUAAAUUAUUAACAUUCCUAUAUGAAUAUGAUAGUGCCCGAAAGUCUAUUAUGUCGCUUUUAAUAAACAUACUGUUACAGGAUUCGUGA